AUGCAAGUCGAAAUAUGCCCUGAAAAUUUCAAACUCAAAAAUCAAUACGUCUGCCCAAAUAAGAUCUCAAAUAAAGUCGAUCAGUGUAUCAGAAACAUAGCAGACAACAAUGGAUUUGUCAAGUACAGCAUUGAAAAGAAAGAAUUCUGUACAAAUGGAGGCAAUUAUCUAGGAUUACUUUACGAAGUUGAUGUAAAUGGACACACAAAAGAAGGCAAGAAAGAACUAAAUAUAUUCGUCAAAAGCAUUCUCACAGGUAACUGUGAUUUGGAAAUACUAUCUGUACACGACGUCUAUAAAACUGAAAUGUUCGCUUACAAAGUACUUUUGAAGAUAUUUGAUGAACUACAAGAAGGAGCUAAUGUACCAGAGAAGGAAAGGUACAAAAUGGUCAAGAGUUAUGAAGAGAGUGAUGCAGAAGUAAUUAUAAUGGAAAAUGUCGCAAAAAAGGGAUUCAGUACUGGACAUAGGAUGGAUGUUCCAUCUUUACAGUUUGCAGAAAAGGCUAUUGCAGAACUUGCCAAAUUCCAUUCAUUUGCUUUCGUGCUAAAGGUAAAGCGACCAGACUUUUUUGAAGAGCAAAUUAAAAAUAGGAAAACGCCGUAUAAUGCUGGCGAGCAAUGGCAAGGUCUCGCACAGAAUAUGAUUAAGACGGUAAUGGAUAAUAUAGAUGAUGGAGUCAAGGAACGAGUUGAGAAUUUUUGUAAAAAUAUUGGGGAGCGAUUCACGAGUUUUUAUGAAGAUGAGUCUAUACGACGAUGUCUUUGCCAUGGUGAUUACAGGCCUAACAAUAUACUGACCAAAACCGUCGAUGGAGAGAUAACAGAACUGAUUCCAGUGGACUAUCAACUGAUGUACUACGGAUGUCCCAUAAUAGACUUCUUAUAUUUCAUCAUGGUCUGUACCGAUAAGCCGUUCCGCAAAGCCCAUUUGAUGCACUUGAAAGACGUAUACCACAUGACGAUGACAAGAUUUUUGAAAUAUUUUGACUUGGACAUCGACAAUUUUUAUUCACGGGAAGAUUUUGAGAAGGACUAUGAAGGGAGAUUGGGUUAUGGGCUUGUAUUCUCUCUCAUAUUUCUUCCUUUUAUGUUCGCUACGGAAAAUGAUGUCCCUGAUCUGUCAAAGGAUGAUAUGGCUAAUUUAAGUAUCAAUGUUGAUGAUAGCAAUAUGGAAGAAAAGCGAGGUACUCAAAUGGAUGAGAGUGUAGAUAUUUUACCACAAAACUUACAGAAGAAUAUUGAGAGCAUCGCAAGGAGUGAAGGGUUCGUAACUUACAAGAUUACAAGUAAAAACUUAUCAACCAAAGGUGGUAGUUAUAUGGGCAUUUUAUACGAAGUGAACAUAAAAGGAAAAACUAAAGAUGAAGAUAAAGAAACAAACAUAUUUGUUAAGAACAUAGUCACUAACGAAAAAAUGAAAAUAUAUUCGGUGACGGACGUGUUCGCAAAAGAAGCAUUUGUCUAUACGGAACUUUCGAAAAUAUUUACAGAAAUACAAGAAGAAGCAAAUAUACCAAAUGGAGAAAGAUUCCUAAUGGCUAAAUGUUAUGAGGAAUGCAAUCCAAAAUCUAUCAUUCUUGAGAAUUUGGUUCAAAGGGGAUAUAAAGUCUAUGACAGAAUGGAAACAAUUCCUUUAGAUUACGCUAAAAUGUGUGUCCAACAGCUUGGUAAACUCCAUGGUCUUUCAAUGGUCCUUAGAGAAAAAAGACCAGACUAUUUUAAUAAGCACAUUGUAACUAUGAGACAACCAUUUAAUUUUGAAGAAGAUUGGUAUGGCUAUGUCGAGAAUAUGUACAACUAUUCAAUAAAUUGUUUAGACCCUGAUGUGAAGGAAAGAGUUGGACAAAAGAUUAAGGACAAAGUCAACCAUUAUCCCAAGUAUAUGAAUGAUACAUCUGGGUUUUGUACAUUCUGCCAUGGUGAUUACAAACAUAAUAAUAUUAUGGUGAAAGAAGAUGGCGGAAAGCUAAAGGAAGUAGUUACCAUUGAUUUCCAAAUAUCACAUUACGGGUGCCCAAUUUUGGAUUUCCUAUACUUCAUUUUCAACGGCACCGAUCAAGAAUUUAGAAAGGAACAUUUGUCAAGUCUAAAGGAUUUAUAUUACGGGACUAUGGAAAAGUUUUUGGAAAAAUUUGGAAUGGAUAUUUCUAAGAUCUUUCCUAGAAUAGAAUUUGAUAGAGUGUAUAAGGAAAAGUUGGAUUUUGGAUUGAUGAUCAACGUGUUUUAUGUUCCAUUUCUAUUUGCUGUGGCUGAUGAGGCUCCCGAUGUUGCCAAUGAGACCUUGUCGACUUUAUCUUUUAAUGUCGAUAGUAAAUUCACUCCGAGGUUUCGUGGUGUAGUCGAUGAUUUUAUACAAUGGGGCUACUUGUAA